AAAAACUUUGUAGUUCUGAUUGCCCUACGGACCAUAAAAAUUCCCACCGAAAUUACCCUUUUUUACACCAUGUAAUGGUUUUUUUUUUUCACGUGACCCCACCCGUUGGGCUACCUCAAACGGUGGCCAUUUUCGAUCCCCGAGCUCCCGUUACUCAUACAUAGGCAAGGUGGACGACAUUAUGUUUCUAACUGCAUUUAUUGAAGACGCGACCGACAGCACAUCAAGCCCAGACUGACUAUUAGGCGUACACACAUCAUGGGACUCAGGACUGUGCAACAAAGGUGCAGUUUUGUGCCCUUGAUCUUUUACUCUUCAUGACAGAAAUGACAAAGGAAGACCACUUACCUGUAUGCUCACACGGAAAACGAAAGGCAGUGGAAAAUUAUUUUUUAAAUAUCGAGGCAGACUCCAUUUAUUCCUUUUUUUCUCUCCAAAAAGUACAACCUGUAUAUUAGUUCACCACAAGCGAAGUGAAAUGUUGAUUUGUUUAAAAUUUGAUGACAAUGGCGGAAAGACAAAAGAAUAAACAAAUCCAGUAUUUCACAAAAUUUUCGAAUCUUUGAAGUGACUAACAAAAAAUGAUCUUAACUGUAAUGUUGGCCUUCUGAAAAGAGUAUCGAUUAAGCUUGUUAGCUUAGCUCGGCGACACACCGGCACGAUGGAGGUUGAAGCCAGGCAGCGUGAUAGCGGCAUCGGGCAAUCGUCCACAAAGCCAAGUCUCCGUGAAGCACAGAGCCGCAGAAUGUCCAAAGUAGGGAUCGCAACCGGUUACAAAUAACCGGUUAUAACCAGUUUUCGGUUUUGAAACCGUAAUCGGACUUUCGAAAUCGGUUAAAAUUUCCAAUAAUUUCUUCCGUUUCCGGUACUCCACAUUGCGUUAUUUUUUUCAACAUCAUUUCCACUUUUUUCAAGUUUCGCUGUUUGAGUAAAGUUGGACUCAAAAGAACAUUCAGUUAAAUCAAAGAAACAUCAAACAUGGCAUCGAGGAAACGCUCGGUAUACUUUCAUGCCCUUUCUGAAAGUCCGAAAGAAGAAUGUCAACACUAAAACAUUUUUACAAAAAAAAUUAACAAAAAUUUAACUCCUCGCUUGUGUACUUGAGUCCCGACACAGAAACACAAACAGUAACUGAGAUUAUUCCGUAGACUUCCACACUGGGUAUGUGUUAGGUAGAGAGGUUAAAUGGCGGCCCGGAGUGCUUCAGCAAAAAAUGUGACGUCAGUGAAAACGUGGCUCUCCGUGGCCAGUUAAGUUUGGUGUUUUGACAGCAGCCGCAGUGGGCAGCAGCGUGGCCGUGCCGCUUUCUCGUGCACGCUGCUUCUCCGUGUUGCGUCCUGAUUACGUUGUGUCUUUAAGCCUUGUUUUUCAAGCCACUUGUUGCCAGAUCGUUGUGUGUACGGGGAGUCCUCAUUCUACGACCGAGAUCCGUUCUUACACUUGUGACAUAACCUGAAUUUUGGCGUAAAUCAGAUUUCACCGUUUGUCAAAAUUUAUGACGACAGCUGAGAUUGGUUCCAGCACUCCCGUGACCCUCGUGAGGAUAAGCGGCUUAGAAAAUAGCUCAGAAAGUGUUAUGAUCUUCGUGUGAAAAUGUGUGCAAGAACGAUUGGAGAGUACAAGGAAGAAUUUUGCGGACCAAAAAAGGAGGAGGAGCCACAACGUCAACUCCUGGACGCUUUGUUCAAUCUGCAGCCUCGAAUUGUGCUACGCAGAGCCGACGUCAACGAAAAUCUUCAUCCAGAGCGGCAGCAGUCGGUGUCCUGUCACAUCAAAAUAGAAGAGGAGGGUGAAGAAGUUCAAUACAUCAAAGAGGAGGAGCAAGAGUUCCCACACUUCGAAGAGAACAAGCAGGAAAUCAUCCAGCUUCCAUCCACUGGUGUCCAUUUAAAGAGCGAAGAUGCUCAACAGAAGAGACGGGGGGCAGAGCCUCCAAUCAGGAACCGCUCAAGUCGUGGAGACUACUGUGGAGGAUCACAAACUGACAAUGAUGAUGAUGAGCAGUCGGAAGGUGAUGAGACAUGUCACGCUCCCAACAAAUGCUGGAAAUGUUCUCAUUGUAGGAAAGCUUUUGCUUCUAUGUCGAACUUCAAAAAACACAUGAAAAUACACAUAGGAGAGAAGCCGUUUACGUGCUCAGUUUGUGGUCAACAAUUCACUCGUAAGAAAAACUUAAAAAGACACACAAGAACUCACAAUGGUGAUAAACCUUUUUCGUGCUCAAUAUGUGGCCAAAGAUUUACUCGGAAGGGAACCUUAGAAAGACACACAAGAACUCACACUGGUGAGAAACCUUUUUCGUGCUCAAUUUGUGGCCAAAGGUUUACUCGGAAGGGAAACUUAGUAAGACACACAAGAAAACACACUGGUGAGAAACCAAUUUCCUGCUCAGUAUGUGGCCUAAUAUUCACUGACAAGGGAAGCUUAAAAACACACACAAAAACACACACUGGUGAGAAGCCUUUUCCCUGCUCAGAUUGUGGCCGAAGAUUCUCUGACAGGAGUACGUUAAAAACACACAUAAGAACACACACUGGUGAGAAGCCUUUUUCCUGCUUAGUUUGUGGUCAAAGAUUUACUCUGAAGACUCAUUUAAUAAGACACACAAGAACACACACUGGUGAGAAGCCUUUUCCCUGCUCAGAUUGUGGCCAAAGAUUCUCUGAUAGGAGUACGUUAAAAACACACGUAAGAACACACACUGGUGAGAAGCCUUUUUCCUGCUUAGUUUGUGGGCAAAGAUUUACUCUGAAGGGACAUUUAAAAAGACACACAAGAACACACACUGGUGAGAAACCUUUUUCCUGCUCUGUUUGCGGCCAAAGAUUAUCUGACAAGAUUAGCCUAAAAAUACACACAAGAAAACACACUGGAGAGAAACCUUUUUUCUGCGCCGUUUGUGGUCAGAGAUUCAAUCAUAAGGGAAACUUAAAAAUACAUGCAAGAACACACACUGGUGAGAAAUCUUUUUCAUGCAUAGAUUGUGGUCAAAGAUUCAUUCGGAAGGACUCUUUAAAAAUACACACAAGAACCCACACUGGUGAGAAACCAUUUUCCUGCUCAAUUUGUUCCCAAAGAUUCACUUAUAAGCACGUUUUACAAACACACAGAAGAACGCACACUGGCGAGAAGCCUUUUUCCUGCUCAGUUUGUGGGAAAAGAUUUGCUGAGAAGGAAAAGUUAAAAAUACACACGAGAAGGCACACUGGUAACAAACCUUUUUCCUGCUCAGUUUGUGAUCAAAGAUUUUCUUCUAAAUAUCAGGCUCAGAUACACAAGUGUGCUGGUAGGAAAAGCCAUGAUCAAGAAGCUGUUCAUGUAAAUGUGUGAAUUGAAAGUAAUUACAGUCCUGUUACUGACUGACAAUCAACAUUCUUGUAUUCUGUGUUCCAACUUUUACUCUAUCUUCGACCCAUAACAAAGGUCUCUUGUCCCCAAACAGCAAGUUGAUCUGAUUUGAUCUUAUCUAAUCCGUAAAAGCUAAAAUAUUGGCCUAUAUCCAUCAUUUUCUGAGCCGCUAAUCCUCACAAUCACACCUUGGGGCAAUUUGGAGUCUCAAAUCAAUGCAUGUUUUUGGUACGUGGGAAGAAACCUCUGUAGGGACGGGGAGAAUAUGGAAAAUCCACACAGGCGGGGCCGGAUUUUAACCCUGGUCCUCGGAACUGAGGCCAACGCUCUACAGCUGUUCCACCGUUUAGCCCCUGCCUCACAUAUAUCAAAUAAAUUUCCCCUCAAAAAUGCUACUGAGACUCCAUUUGAACUUGUGUCUUUCUACUUCUUUAUUAUCAAUUUUUUGGCUGGUGCGACUUAAACUCCGGAGCGACUUAUCGUCAGGAAAAUACGGAAAUUAAAAUAUUAGGUGACUCAUUAUGAAGAUGGCUUGAAUAGAAAUGUCUGCAUAUAUUUUAGUGAUAAUUGUUCACAGUUUUGGGACAUGAAACGGUGUAAAGCAUGUGUUACUUCCCCGCCAUUUUUUUGGUGUCAUUUUAAUGCUCCGUACCCACCGGAUGUCAAUGAUUGCUUCGGCUUGCGUUCUCCGGUUAAGUUUGCUCGCACGGCACAUUUGGACACAUUCAUCGGCGCUGUAAACUCGGCAAGCGGCGGGGCUUCCUCUUUGCAAGGUGUCAACAUUCCUUCCCGGACUUGUUCAGCUGUCCCACCCUCGAGCGUUCAGGUUACCGAGGCGUAUUUGGGAAUGCCCGCAUCAUCCGCGUCAUUUUUUCGUCUAGCUGUGCAAACUGCACUGACUUCUGAUGGAACGCGCGACAUGGGAACUUAGCAUAAUAAUAACAUCCAUCUCCAUCCCGAUCCGUAAAUGUGUCUUAUUUAUGCACAGUAAACUUGUGAUUGUGUAUAAUUUUGGGGCGUUUGUUGUUGUUCAUGUGUUGCAACGAUACACAACCGACUUGAACAAAGCCGUUUUUGGAAACUUAAGCAAGUUGUAUUUCUUUAUAUUUUUUAAUUUCCUGAAAUGUUGUCAUUUUAAAGGUGAGGGGAUUACAUCUAACAGCUAUGAUGGAUGAAAUAUGACUCAUUACGGCCACUUCAUAGGAUGAUACAUUCCUUGUCCCACACUUGCUACGGUAGUGCUUUUUAAUUUUUUUGUUCACAAAGGGCCGUUAAAAAUGGAAUUGGUUCCUUACCAAUUGCUCCAAAGUGUAUUAAUUUUCUUGUGUGUGCAUGUAUUUUGUCCAGUGUUUUGUCAAUAUCAAAUCAGUGAAUAAUUGAUUGUAACACCGGAAAGGAAUUGGCUUUUGAAGGUAAAGUGU